UUAUUCCACUCUCCCCCCUCCCACCUUACUUCCUCCCUUGUGUCAGUGUGUGCAUGCAUUUGCAUGUCGUUCUCUCCUGCUCUCUGGUGUAUUUCACCUCUUGUGACUGCUGCAGGCUCCUCCUGCAAUCUGCAAAAGGAAACUUCCCUGCAAUAGGCUUGGAUCCCAAGUCCACUUGCCUCAAACCGAGACUCCCCAGAAAGAAAACUUGGCUCCAACCCUUCCCCCCAUCUAUCCAAACUGCAUAGCUGUGCAGUGCCCACAGCUGCUAUUUUUCCUGAGCUGCAGCUUCAGGUUGUUGCUGCCCUACUCCUGGCUACUAUUUCAGUCUCUUUGCUGCUUUCUCCUCUCUCGCAAGGGCAGAUGUCUGAAAGCGUGGAAGCUGCAAAGGAAGAAUGCUAAAGGAACAACGGCUCAGGAUCAGAAGCAAAGGUGAUUCAAAGACCUGCACAUAACAAGUUCCACAGAUCUUCUGAGAGAGCGCUAGAUGCUAAUGGUAACUUCAGCGCCAUGUGUCCCAGGCUGGUGAUGUAACUGCACAAGAGAACUUUGGGCAAAAUUCACCAUGGGCGCAAACACCUCCAGCAAGCCACUGGUCUUCGAUGAAAAUGAAGAGGUGACCUUUGACCACUUUGAAAUUUUGCGAGCCAUUGGGAAAGGCAGCUUUGGAAAGGUCUGCAUUGUACAGAAGAAUGACACCAAGAAAAUGUAUGCCAUGAAAUACAUGAACAAACAGAAGUGUGUGGAGCGUAAUGAAGUGAGAAAUGUGUUCAAAGAGCUGCAGAUUAUGCAGGGCCUGGAACACCCCUUCCUGGUUAAUUUGUGGUACUCAUUCCAAGAUGAGGAGGACAUGUUCAUGGUGGUGGAUCUACUUCUUGGAGGAGAUCUGCGUUAUCAUCUACAGCAAAAUGUUCGAUUUCAAGAAGACACUGUGAAACUCUUCAUCUGUGAGCUGGCAUUGGCACUGGACUAUCUCCAGAGCAGACGCAUCAUCCACAGGGACAUGAAGCCAGACAACAUUUUACUGGAUGAGCAUGGACAUGUGCACAUCACAGAUUUCAACAUUGCCACGAUACUGACUAAAGGGAUGCAGGUCACCACGAUCGCAGGCACAAAGCCAUAUAUGGCACCUGAGAUGUUUAACUCAACAAAACCUACAGGCUAUUCCUUUGCUGUUGACUGGUGGUCUUUAGGAAUUACUGCCUAUGAGCUACUUAGAGGCCGGAGGCCCUAUCACAUUCGCUCCAACACAUCGCCAAACGAAAUUGCUCACGUGUUCAGGACAGCUACUGUAAUGUAUCCUGCUGCUUGGUCUAAGGAAAUGGUAUCGCUAGUCAAAAAGUUGCUUGAGCCAAAUCCUGAGGAACGUUUUGCUCAGCUGAAAAAUAUCCAGGACUUUCCGUAUCUGGCUGAUAUUAACUGGGAUGCAGUCCUCCAGAAGAGGAUAAUGCCAGGAUUCAUUCCCACUAAAGGGAGACUGAAUUGUGACCCAGCCUUCGAACUUGAAGAAAUGAUCCUGGAGUCCAAACCUCUUCAUAAGAAAAAGAAGCGCUUAGCUAAGAAGGAGAAAGAUACCAACAAAAGCUAUUCCUCACAGGGCUGCCGUCUUCAGAAGCACCUGGAGUCACUGCAAAGAGACUUCAUUGUUUUCAACAGAGAAAAGAUGAGGAGACACCACAAUGAAAUCCAAGAGAAUAUAACACUGGCACAAACCAAAGACCCAGAAGAAGAAGACAGCCAGAACAACAACCUUUGAGCUCACUUAGCCUCUGCCCUGGUGUGUUCCCCAAGGGUUCGUUGCACACCUACACAUUCAUGAAGCUUGGUGAAUAGAAUUAUCCACUGAUAAAAGGACAAUGCACAUACCCCAGCACAGGGCGUCUAAGCCAUAAAUUUAUGCACCUUUCUUUUCCUCCCUCUACCUUAAGUCAGGUGGAUACAGGGGGCCAGGGAGAGGUCUUUAGGACUGCCCCUGCAAAUAACCUGCCAAAAUAAACAAGAGUCAGAUCCUCCUCUGCCAGAGAUGGUUGCAGGAAUUUGACCAAAAGAUGUGGCCCCUUUUUCAGAAGAGACCCUGAAUGCAGGAAGGAGGAGCUUAUCCUUGUGGGGCAGGAUGCCUGCUGGCACAAUAUUUGGGUAUUGCCUAGUGUAAAUCUGGGCUAGGGAUCAGUUGAUUGCCAGUGGAAAGCAACAGAAGGGUAUUUAAUGCAUAAUUAGGUCUGUCACAUAGAAUGAAUAUUAGAGAUGAGCCGGCAGCAGAAUCACAAACCUAAACUCUUUGGAAGUGUAGAUUUUGACAUGAGCCUCAUAGCUUAGACUCACCUCUAAUUGUUAGAAGCAGAAGGGGCUGCUCUCAGCUGCCAGGCAGAUCUUUGUUUCCAGCAGGGUCUCUUUCUAAUAUUUCUUUAAUCUGUGGUAGGGAAAUGAUCUAGUUCCUCAAUAUGGGGAAAAGGCAAUAAUGGUUUCUUAUGUUUGUUUUGCAGUCUCUGAGUGAUGAAAUUCCCUAGCUUCCCUGACCUUAUGCUACUGGGUAGGGCUGGCUCAGCAAUGGCUAAGAACAUGAGAACAAUGGUGACUGGUAGGGAAACCUACUUGUUUGGGUCAGAAGAGGUAGUAGCUCUGUAUUGCUGGAUAACAUGCUAGGGUGGAUGCUUCACUAGCACAUACUACAGACUAAGUUCACCACUGACAUAAGCAGAUGAAAUUCCGUUGAGUCCAAUGGGGUCGUGGCCCCUUACACCAGAGGUAAAUUUUGGUUAUGCAUCUUUAAGUGUGAUAGAACAUCAACUUUGUAGUCUCAAUGUCCCUUUCACUAAGGUGUUAGACAUGAACGUUAUGGACCAAAUUCAGCCCUGGUCUAAGCAGCCACAAUACCCAGUGGUAACUGCACCAGCUUACACCAAGGCUGAGACUGGCCAAAGCACCUGGUUUAUAGUAAUACUGUGAAUGAUGCUAUCUUUGUAAAGCAUUAGGACCCUGAGUUCUCACCUUCUUGUUUUGCUUCUGUCUUACUUUCACUGUGUUAAACUGUCUCCCAUCUGCCCAAAGCUGUUCUUUGUAUCCCCCUGCGACUUCCUUUCUCUCCCUGUCUGAAUAAAAACAAGGUAUGAGACUC